UUAUAUCAGCACCGCUUCGACACUGACCUUCACCUUCACAUUCAGAGAUGGCAACAGGAAUCGCUAGCAGAAUUCCGGCAGUGGUUUCGGGCUCGGGAAAGCUGUGUUUAUCGAUACGUUUGAAGGUUGCAAAUACUCAGCAGUAUGGCAGAUCAAUUUACACAAGUGGUGCCCGUCUCAAGCAGAUGUAUUGGAAUGACAAAUCAGUCGAGGGGGAACCGAUGUUUGAAAAGGUUUUGAUUGCCAACAGAGGUGAGAUAGCAUGUCGUGUAAUCAAAACCUGCCGUAGACUGGGAAUUAAAACAGUAGCUGUACACAGUGAGGCUGACUCUAUGGCAGUGCACAAGCGUAUGGCCGAUGAAGCGGUCUGUAUAGGCCCCGCCCCAACUAGUCAGAGCUACCUUGUCAUGGACAACAUUCUGAAGGCUGUGAAAGACACUGGCGCGCAGGCUGUGCACCCUGGAUAUGGAUUUUUGUCAGAGAACACAAAAUUUGCUGCUGCAUUGGCUGACAUGGGGGUCCAAUUCAUCGGUCCCAACUCGAAGGCUAUACAUGCGAUGGGGGACAAGAUUGAAAGCAAGAGGAUUGCGUCUGCAGCCAAGGUUAACAUGAUACCCGGCCAUGACGGUGUCGUGCAAGAUGCGGAACACUGCGUGAAACUGGCCAAUGAGAUUGGGUACCCUGUGAUGGUGAAGGCUACUGCAGGGGGCGGAGGGAAGGGCAUGAGGAUUGCUUGGAAUGACAAGGAAUGUAGGACGGCAUUUAGGUUAUCAUCGCAGGAGGCUGCCUCCAGCUUCGGCGAUGACCGCAUGCUCAUUGAGAAGUUCAUAGACAACCCUCGCCACAUCGAGAUUCAGGUACUCUGUGAUAAGCACGGCAACGGGGUGUGGCUGAACGAGCGCGAGUGCUCCAUACAGAGACGUAACCAGAAGGUGCUCGAGGAGGCACCCAGCUCGUUUGUUGACCCAGUGAUGAGGAAGAAGAUGGGGGACCAGGCUGUACAGUUGGCCAAGGCUGUCGGAUACGACUCGGCAGGUACUGUUGAGUUUCUGGUUGACUCUCAGAAGAACUUCUACUUCCUGGAGAUGAACACGAGACUGCAGGUAGAACACCCUAUCACAGAGAUGAUCACCGGUAUUGACAUAGUACACCAGAUGUUACGCUCUGGCAAAGGUCAUGAGCUGGCAUACAAGCAGGCUGACGUGCCCGUGGACGGCUGGGCGCUGGAGUGCAGGGUGUAUGCCGAGGACCCCUACAAGAACUUCGGCAUGCCGUCAAUCGGGCGCCUCACAAAGUAUAUCGAGCCUCUGCACAUACCCAACGUGCGCUGUGACAGUGGCAUACAGGAGGGCUCACAGAUCAGCAUCUACUACGACCCCAUGAUCUGCAAGCUGGUUACCUAUGGAGCUUCUAGAACAGAGGCUUUGAACACCAUGGUUACUGCUCUGGACUCCUACGUGAUCAAAGGUGUGACUCACAAUAUCCCUCUUCUUCGAGACAUCAUCACAGAGAAAACGUUUGUUGCUGGAGACAUCACAACCAAAUAUCUUCAGAAAACUUUCCCAGACGGUUUCCAAGGUAAAGUGCUCAGCGAGACUGAGAAGCAUGAGCUGACUGCACUGGCAGCCGCAUUAUACGCCAAGGAACAGCUGAUUGCAAGAAGCUUUAAGAAUCAAUCACGCAUCCCAAUGAAGACAGAGUUGCCUACAUCAUGGAAGCUUGAAGUGCACCUAAAUAAUGAAGAUGUGAAACUGAAUGUCACAACGAAAGAUAACAAAUUUGAGGUCCAGAUUGGUGAGCGUGUGUACAAGGUCGCAGACACAAUCUCGUUCUCAACACCCCUGAUGGACAUCAAAGUGGACGGGCAGUCCCAUCUCAUCCAGCUGACAGAGAGACUGGGUGGAAAUAGAUACAGAAUCAGAUACCAUGGAACUGUGUUCCCGAUCUCAAUCAUGGAUGAGCAAGUGGCCCAGCUGAAUGACUACAUGCCAGAGAAGGUGACCCUGGACACGUCCACUGUCGUGUUGGCUCCAAUGCCCGGUGUGCUCAAGUCAGUCAGUGUCAGUGUGGGUGACAGUGUGGCGGAAGGUCAGGAGGUGGCUGUGCUUGAGGCAAUGAAGAUGCAGAACAGCCUUGUAGUGGCCAAGAGUGGCAAGAUUAAGAAAGUUAACUACAAAAUGGGGGACACAGUUGAUGAGGGAGACAUCUUGGUUGAGCUGGAAUAGACUGUCGUCAUGGAGACUGUCAUUAUGGAAGGGAGGUUACUCUGAUCUAACAGACUUCUCAAUAGGGAACCAUCUAUAGGUCACAAUAUACAAAAAGAUUUCCUACACAAAUUAAAUGUGAAAGCAAUAACUUUAACACAAAAUAAAGUCAAACUUUUGCGCAUAGACACCCUCAUACCCAUACCUUUUCUUAAAGAGCACUCCAAGCCGAGUUGAUUUAAACAAUAAAAAAGAUAGGUCAUGCGUUUUGCAAGAAAGAACUCAACACGAAUCAGCGGUCACUGUUUUACAGCCAUCUAUUUACCGGCUUUCUACCAGUGGAUGAGAGUUUCCCGCCAUCUGUCAAAGUCUCAUGUAGUCUCCAACCUUAAAGCAAAUGAGUGAAUUUCUGUUAAACAUCAAUGUUUUCCCUACCACAUGCACAAAGAAACAUUCUAAAAUAAAGUCAUGGCAAGUGCCCCUACAGAGCAUUGUGUCUUCUUAUAAAUGAAGUUCAUGUUUUUAGAGAGUAAAGCAUUGCAUUCAAAAAGAUUUAGUAUAUUGUAACCUAUAUAAAUUGCCAGAGAUUGUUCUUGAGAUUUAUGUGUGUUAUUAAUUGUUAAAAGUUGGUUGUAAGCCUCUGGCUUGUUGUAAAGACAUCUCUAUUUACAUGUGUAGCUACAGUUUGAUCAAACCCUUUUCGAGGACCUAGACUGUGCUUUCAACCAUCAGUUUUUUAGAGUAUAAUGUAAUAAUAUAUGUUUGAAAGACUCGAGGUAUCUCAAAUGAACAUGCAUAAUUUACAGAAUAUUGUAUUUGAUGUAUAGAAAGUAAGCAGAUUUUUUUUGUUUUAUUUCCUAUCCAUAAUAAUAAACAUACAAUAGUA